ACCGGCUUCAACAACGCACCCGUCACUCGAAACGCUUCGGUUUUGUUCUUUUUCUGUUUUUGCAUACAACCGCCCUUAGCACUUUGGACAUCGAAAGUUGCAGCUUUUCUAAAGUUAAUGGCGGAGAAACCCCAACCGGUUCGGGUCCUGUACUGUGCGGUGUGCAGUUUACCCGCAGAGUACUGCGAAUUCGGACCCGAUUUUGAGAAAUGUAAACCCUGGUUGAUUCAAAACGCACCGGAUCUUUACCCCGAUCUCACCAAAGACUCAAGUUCAAAGGAAGUUGAUAAAGCUACCGAGCAGUUACAAUCGACUGGCAUCUCCUCGGCUGCAUCAUCAGCAACUAAGCAAGAAGAAGUCAAACGCCUUCCUGGUGGAAAGAUAAAGAAAAAAGAUAAGAAAGAAGUUAUUAUUGAAAAAGUUGUUCGUAACAAGCGAAAAAGUAUCACUACUGUGAAAGGCCUGGAACUUUUUGGUGUUAAACUUAGUGAUGCUUCAAAGAAACUUGGGAAAAAGUUUGCUACAGGAGCAUCUGUUGUUAAGGGACCGACUGAGAAGGAGCAGAUUGAUGUUCAAGGAGAUAUAUCAUAUGACGUUGUGGACUUUAUCACAGAAACCUGGCCUGAUGUCCCUGAAACUGCAAUCUUCUUUAUCGAAGAUGGAAAAAAGGUCCAUGCUGCUUGACUUUGAAGUAAAAAGGCUUAUAAACAAUGAAUUAUGGUAUCUUCUUUGCUUCUCAAUCAAUUCUCAUGAGAGUUGCUGUAUUUACUCGCAAAGUAAAUGCUGCUUGACAGAAUCUAAUGGCUAGUGAGACUUUUUUCGCCACUUAUAAUUCUUCUGUUACUUUUGUUUCCAAAUGGUUUGCUUUCCGUUUAAAGUGUGUAUUGGAACUAAUGGAUAUGAUUAUUAUGAAUAUACACAGUUAAUUCAGAUGAUGUUUGCAUCUGGUUUGUAUUCA